AAAACUUUAGUAAACAAACCGGUGAAAUUUUUAAAAGAAUUAUUUUUAAGCCGUAAUGAGCUCAAAAGAUAUUCAGGAAUUAAUAAAUAAAGCUUUAGCUUUAAAGGAGACAGAUAUCGAUGCAUCAAAGGCAUUGAUUCUUACAGCGAAAACUUUAUUCCCACAGAAUUUCGAAAUAUUCUUUACAGAUUAUCAAUUACAAAAAGCAUCUGGAAAUUGCCAUGAAGCAGCAAAAAGUUUCAGUUAUAUUGUCUUGUUCUUCGAUAAUCCAGAAAUUCUCGAGGAAAUCAAAGUUUUGGUUAAUGCUUUGAAGAUGGCAGAUAAAAAUGAAAAAAUAUCACAAGAAGCGGAAUUUUAUGUUAACAUGUUUCAAUAUUUUGCAAAUGGACCAGCAGGACAGAAGAUCAUCAUGUUAUUGAAUUCAGAUUCUGAUUCUGAUUUCACCUACAUUCGUAUCAUGAAGAAAUUUUCAAAGAAUUUUAAUCUUUCCAUUCAUGCGCCAAGAUUACUUGAAAAGAUUCUCACUGGAAUUAGCGUGUCACCAAAUGAGUCUACAGAACUGUUAGUAAGAGAAGUUCUUCCACUUAUGAUGAAUGAACAAAAUAUUGAACUUCCAGUUGAUCUCGUCAAUCACGUUCUCGACAUUGUGUUUAAAUAUUACAUCGCAAAGUUUUGGGAUUCCUCAGAUAUCAAACCACAUGUCAUUGAACAAAGUCGUGCAAGUAUCAUUGAACUUUUUGAAUGGGUGGGAAAAUUAUUGAAAUGGGAACCGUUUCAAUACAAUCCGUCAUGGACGAAAGAUUUCUUCUGGCAAAAAUUGAAGCAAAUUGAAAAUGUCGCGUGUGAUGUUAAACAAAUAUUUUAUCUCACAUGUUUCCUUUUCUUUGUGUCGGUUCAAGACUACCUUUCAAGUACAAAAUUGAAGAUUGACAGCCAGGACGUUCAAUUUAUUCUUGUCGAUGGUUUAUCAGAUUUAAUGGAGUCACCACCUUUAAUGAAUAUUCUUCAUGAAUCGCCAUUCCCAUCCGAAGCAGCAGUUUCAUUUGUCACUGCUUUCAAAGCUCAAGAUCUUCUUCAACGCAAUGUAAUUUUCUUCAAAGACUUUAAUCAACUUCUCUUCGAUCUUAACAUCACAAGACAUAUCAACAGAAUUGUUGUUGAUUUUGCAAUUUAUUUAAGAAGUAAUACAGAUUCUUACAAUCUCAUCAAUAACAGCAAAUUAAGUAAUCUUGAGAAGAACAUUCGAAUGUUGAGUCUUGUCAUAAACGCUCCGAAUACAACACGAGAGGUGUUUGAUCACAUUCGACUCAUAAUGACAGAUUUGCCAACAAUUUCUGGAGUUUUCCUCAAAAAUCUUGCAUGUGAUCGAAGUUUUUUGUUUCUGCCAUUGACGAGAAAUGCAAUUGUUCAAUAUUGCACGAGAAUCAUCAUCAGUGCACUGAAAAGAAAAUUGUUCAAAGAUCCAACAAAAGUCGAUGAUUAUCAACUUGGAAGUCUGCUCGUUUUACUUCAGUUGGAAUUUUAUGAAAAUAUUCCUUUGGUUGAGCAUAUCUUUGAAAUAAUUCGAGUAAAGGGCUUGGAUUUUCCUUUAUUCCACUCUUUCAUAAUCAACAUUGACAUGAUUGAAGAGUUUAUGAAUUUAUGGCGUGGACAUGAAGUCAUCUUGCGAUUAUCCUCUUCAACUUCAACUCCAUCAACUCAACGAAGGAUCGGAACUCGCGGUGCUGAUAAGAAUGUGAAAGAAGACUUCAAACAAAUUAUAAAGCAACAAGUUCUAAGGAGUGGUGAAGAUGUCGUCAGCUUAGUUAUUCAAUUUAUUGAACAAGAAAAUUUAAAUCUUCUGCAGAACUUAACAACAUUUUGAGCUGAAAAGAAAUUUAAUGACGAAAGUAAAUAAAAGUAAAUUUUUGAGAAAGAAAAAUCGAGCAGUUUUCCAAUAAUGCGCCUUUCCGAACAUUUUCUGCUUUCCAGUUGCGAUUGUUCGUUGUUUAGUUUCAAUUUAGGCUCGUCGCGUGUUAAAAGUGUUUUUAUUUCACUUCGCAGAAAAAUGUAAAUUCAGUUUGAGUUUGAAGACCUUUCGAUAGAAAUCAAGCACAAAAAUUUUAAUUAAUUGAGAUGGUCAUAAUACAAGUUCAAAGUGAUGAACAU